GUUUACUUCAAAGUUGGUUAUCUCCUAUGUUCAUGAAAUAAACAAAGUACUAUAGUCACAUUAAAAUUAGCUUGUAAGUAUGGCAAAGAGUAUUGCUAAGGAUUCAGCAAAUACAAGCAGAUGUUCCAUAAAAACAUUCAAGGAACUUCCCGUGUACGUGGUGGAGGACCACAACGACGUGUUGCCGCACAUUUACCGCUGCAUGGGGUCGAAGCACCUGCCUUUGCAAGGCAACACCCUGGUACACCUGGACUCCCACCCCGACAUGAUGCUGCCCCGGGGCAUGCCCGCGGACACCGUCUGGGACAAGCACGAGCUCUUCGGCCGCCUGAGCAUCGAGAGCUGGAUCCUGCCCGCCGUGUACGCCGGCCACUUCCGCAACCUGCUGUGGGUGAAGCCGCCCUGGGCGCGGCAGAUGGACGACGGCGUUCGGCACUUCGCGAUCGGCCGCUGCUCGCGCUCCGGCGAGAUCAGGCUCACCAGCACCGAGGCCUACUUCCUGAGCGAGGGCUUGUACUGUCCGGUCGAGCACUUGGAGGAGGCCAAGACUGUGAGUCUCGCCGUCGUAACUCUGCGGAACACCUCGGAGGACAGACCAGCCCCAGAUAACUUUCAUGUGCUUGCAGGACUUUUAGAGACAUUUCUAAAGGAUGAAAAUUUUUCAUAUGUUCUGGAUGUUGAUUUAGAUUUUUUCAGCACCAAAAAUCCUUUCAAAGAAAUGUUCUGGUUCUACGACAAAUUAAAAGAAUUUUAUAGAUUCCACAGGCCUGAAAAUGAAAAAAGUUUGGCGUGUGUAGAAUGCUGCGUGAAUAAACGAAAACUGCAAUUGUCGGAGCUUGAGGCUCUCUUCAAGCACCUGCACAAGCAUGGCAGCCUAGAAGACUAUGAAGACAAGACGGUGGGUAGUUUCAGGAGCGUGGAUGCACUGGUGAAUGAAGUGCUACUCAAAGGUGAGGAGGUGGACUGGGAGAUGGUUCACGAGGCGGGGUGCACUUGCGACGACACGGAACUUCCACACCACGUGUCGUCUCGGGAGGACAUCUCUGAAAUGGUCCAGUCCUCGUUUACCACUUUACUGGAACUGUUGCCAUCGAAACCCACAGUGAUAACUGUGUCGCGGUCCAGUGAUGAUGACUACUGUCCCCCACAAGAUGUUGACUUCAUCCAAGGAGCUGUUCUUAAAGCUUUAGAUAACAGAUUUUCUCCUGUCAAAGUAAACCUCAUGUAUGGUGAAGCUGUAAUAAAUAAGGCUUAAAACCAAAGAAAUACGUAAUAAACUUUCAUAUUUUGUUCAUUAAAAUAUUCUGAUAAAUAAGUGUUAAAUGCUGCUGCAAAUCAGGAGACCUAGGGUAUUUAUUGUUUUUUGUUACACACAAGAAAGCUCAUUACAACUUACUUGAAAAAAACCAAUAGAUCUAGAACUUAAUAAAAAAUGAAUGUACUUUAUAUUAAAAGUUGCUAUAUGUAAAAAUGUUAAAGGAUCUGAAAAUUUAUUCUUUAAAGAGACCAAUUUUUAAAAGUGAGGUUAAAUAUUUGUGUGAGUUAUAUUUAUAGUGAGUUAAAUAUUUGUUAACUUUUACUCAUAGAUAAACUUUUUUUUUCUGUUGAAGUAUAUCCUGUAAAUGGGUUUGGGUGUCAUAUGUAUAGCAACAUUGUAGUCGUGUAUCAAGUCCCCAACCAAAUUUUGAUGGUUAAAAUUUAAUGAAUACGUAAUGACACCUAAUUAAAUUAUAAAUGUGCAUGAAUAAAUGACUUCUAUUGUUUAAAAUGUAAAAAUAAAUACUCUAGAAACUUAAAAAAAUAUACAGCUUUAUGACACCAAAAAAUACACAAUAACAAUAUUAUACAGUACACAUGUUAAAGUGGUCCCAAAAAUAAAUUGUUUUUACAUAUAUAUGACU